CGAAACACUUUAAGUUUCAUUAUGAAAAAUCUUAUAAUAUAAAUGAUGCUAAUAGUGAUGUAAACAAAGAAAUUGAAAAACAACUUCCCGAUAGUACUCCUGAAACUACUAUUCGAAAAAGAAAAGAAAGAGCCCAAAAGAUUUUUCACCUAUUUAGUAAGCCGAAAGAUGCUGACCAUUGGUCAGGAUAUCACGAACCUGUUGAUAUAACAGAGUCUGUAACAAGUAGUACAGUACUAGAAGUGCUGUUAACUAUAGAUAACCCAAUACCUGCCAGCUCUAAGUUAUCAGAGGAUAGAAAGACAGAUGCUUUCUUGGAUGAGAUGAACAAGAAAAAUCCAGAAGAUAAAGUAUCCUGUGAAGAAAAGGGGAUCAGACUGGAUCGUCUCCCUCCAGCUCUCCAGGAACCCUCCCCUUCACUUGUUGUCCGAAAAAUACCAUACAAUCAGAAAGUUGAGCAAGGUAUAAUUCAGAAAGUGAUUUCAUUUAUUCAAAAAGAAGCAUUUGCCUCAUCAAUUAAUACUUCCAAGUUCAAUAUUGUAAUAGCUGAUGGGGAAGGUCAAGAUUUGGCUCAAUUAUAUUCUGAUGUUGAAGACACAGAAGGCAAAAUGAUAAAAGCUAAACAAAAAGAAAAUAUACACUGGUAUAUUUAUAGAGAAUCAUACAAAAAUAAAGUUGCAGAAAUUUGCUCUAAAACUGGUAUAGCCGAAAAAACUGCAAAGUCUCAAGUUUACGCCAUGAUUAAAGCUUCUUUACCCAAUGUUUCAAAAUCAAAUUUGUAUAAGAAGACUGAAAGAGCUGGGAGUGUUUAUAGGCUAUUUGGAAAGAUUAUUGAUCCUGCAACCAAAAAAGAAGUUAUAGAAAUUGGUAUCGAUAAAGUUUAUGAAAUUUUGUAUGGAUCAUUUUUGAAUUCAUGUGAUCCGGCUGAUAGGCUUGACCAAUCAGAAUGUGCAUAA